UAAAUUAAUACAAAAAACAAAAAAAGUAAAGCAUCUUACGUCACCCACCUUUGACUCUCCCUAUCAAUUCCUCUAUAUCCCCUUCCAUUCCCACAUAUCUCACACAACCCUCUUCUCUUGUCCUCUCAUCGCCCACUUUUCUUUUAUUCCUUUCUAUUUCCACUCUCUCCCCACUUUCAUCCACCAUGGUUAGAGAAAAAGCUAUCGAUCUAUGCAUCACUGUUCCCACCUUCUUCAAAUGCCCUAUCUCACUCGACGUUAUGAAAUCUCCCGUUAGCCUCUGCACCGGUGUCACCUACGACCGUUCCAGUAUCCAACGAUGGUUAGACGAUGGCAACAACACCUGUCCUGCGACCAUGCAGAUUCUUAAAACUAAGGAUUUUGUUCCUAACCGAACUCUACAUAGUCUCAUCCAGAUCUGGACCGACUCGGUUCAUCGCCGGGUCGAACCGCCUUUUCUAUCUUCGGUUUCUUCUAAAGAUCAAAUCCUUCAAGCUAUCACUGAUUUAUCCGCCUCUCCCGGUCUAAACCGUCUAAACCGGCUCGGCUUAAUCACAAAAGUAGUUCGGUUCGGUCAGGAUUCCGAUCAGAACCGAGCUUUUCUCGCGAAAUUAAACGGUUUUGUUUCUCUGAUGGUUACUUCCCUCGACAAUGUUGACGGGAGCGUUGAGUUUCUCGAACAGGUUUUAACGGCGUUAGGUUUAGUUCUAGAAAAAAUCGAAGAUCGCGAGGGUUUUAAAAACCAUGUGUUGAAGGUGAAGGGGAAGAACAAUAAAUGUUUAGAUUCUAUGCUUCUUGUUUUACGAAGAGGAAGUAACAAUUCAAGAAUCGCAACCGCUAGGGUUUUGAAAUUCAUAGCUCUUGACGGUGAAUCACAGAUUCUAAUAGCUGAGAACGAAGCUUUGAUAACUGAAUUAUUGAAUUUAUCGAAGCCAGAGAAAGAUCCGAAGCUGAUUGAAAACUGUUUAUCGUGCUUAGUAGCGAUCUCGCAACCGAAAAGGAACAAGGUGAAGCUGGUGAAAGUUGGAGGAAUGAAAACGUUUUCGAGGUUACUAACAGAAGCUAAUACGAGCGUGAAAGUGGUGGAGAAGGCGUUAAAGCUGGUGGAAAGUGCGUCGACGACGAGUGAGGGAAGAAAGGAGAUGUGUGAGGACGCGGCGUGCGUGGCGGCGAUACUGAAUAAAGUUCUGAAGGUAUCGAACGUGGCGACGGGACACGCGGUGACGAUACUGUGGAGUGUUUGUUAUCUGUUUCGGGAUCAGAAAGCGCAAGAAGCGGUUACUCAGGCGAAUGGGUUAACGAAGAUACUGUUGCUGAUACAGGGUUAUUGUUCGCCUCAAGUUCGCCAAAUGUGUACGGAUUUGCUACAGAUUUUUAGGGUUAACUCUAAAUCGUGUCUUUCUUCUUAUGAAACCAAGACAUCACAUAUCAUGCCAUUUUGAUCCCUUUCAUGGAGACACAUAGUUUACUUCUUUUCUUUUAUAAAUUUUUUAGAUAUUAUUAUUGUGUAAAUGUAAAUGGGAAGAAAUUUUGUUAGUCAGUAGAUACACAAAAAAGAAUAAAGAAGUAAGUUACUGUUUGAA